AUGAGAAAGAAAAGCCCAGCGAAAAGAAAAUCCGAAGACGAUGAGAAAGAUGCUCGUCAACGCAAAAAGGAUCGAAUCCGGCGCAAAAUACAAAGAGCUGAGGAAAAACGCCAAUUCUUGGACGUGGUACCCUCUGAUUCUGAUGCUGAUGUUCCUGAAGAAGAAACCACUUGGGGUUUGCCUGAUCAGUGUGCCAGAGAACUCGAAAUUCCCAUGGAGCAAAUUGACGCUGAAGCUAAAGCGGAAGAAGAUUCAGAUUCAUAUGAUGAUUUUUAUGUUCAUCCAGACGUCACCAAUAGUCAUGACAGUGAUUCCGAAGAAGAGGAUUCCGAGAAGGAUAGUGAUGAAGACUCUGAGAAGGACAAUGAUGAUGAAUCUGGAAACUCAUAUGGAUCUGACGAGUAG